GCCUACAUUUCCUGUUUAAAAAUCGCAAUUCUUAAAAUUAGUUAUCACGCAACAUCGGCGGAGUGCAAUUCUGAUCUUCAAUCGCUUAAAAAAUGUGGUACAAGUGUGCCGUUUGUUGUGUGCUCUUCGGCUUAAUUUGGGGUACAGCAGGAUUUCCGGAUGGUGCACCAGUCGAUGCCUGUGUUAAGCCGAGACCCAAUCAACCGUACCACGGUCAAUCGAGACCGCAGCCACCGGAAACUAAUCCGUUUCAAGUUAUUCAAUCUCAAGCUGAAUAUGGUCCGGGAACGCAGAUUUCUGUAACCAUUCAGGGCCAGGACACAUUUAAAGGAUUUUUCAUCCAAGCCAGAGAUGUCGCCACCAACGAAUGGAUAGGGGAAUGGGUGGAAACUCCAAACACCAAAAUCCAUCCAGAAUGUAGCGCCAUCACACAUGGGGAUCCGAAACCAAAAGCCCAGGCUGUUUUGCUCUGGCAAGCACCUCGUAAUGUCCCUCAUGGACAAGUAUACUUUACGGGUACCGUCUUGAAGGAAUAUACACAGUUCUGGUCGAACAUUAACUCUGUCGUUGGUCAAUAAAUUAUUUUAGCUUAGUUAAAUAUAUACGUAUAUUUUAAUGUAUUACUUGUUACCAUUUAAUUUGUAAGAAAGAAAAUUGUAAAUAUAUUAUAAUGUGAGUAAUAAAUAAAUGUGUAUUUCA